UGUGAUCUCAUCACAGAUAACAGGUCGUGAAUCCUCUCAGAAUUUGAAUUAUAGCUGACACAAAGGGCUAGACACUUAGUUACUUGACCAAAUUUGAAAAUACAAAACCAGACCAAGACCACCACCUGGAGAGACGAGCACAAUUUCUGAGUGGACUAUGGAGGGAAACCAAGACAGCAGCAGUCACCUGAGGCUGCAAUCAGCUGCCUCACUCAAGGCUUCCAUGUUGAAGAACAGUACGAAGAGCAACCUGAACAUUUAUGACCACCUCACACGGUUGCUAAUAAAGAUGAUCGAUGAGCAGCCACAGAAUGCAGUGGAUGUGGUCGAGGAUAUGAGUCUUGACAUAAAGCGGAGUUUGUUUGAAGACAAGGAAACCACCCUCCGAGACCUUCCAGAGACUACAGCUUCUGAGCUGCUGGCUGAACAGCAACGACUUCUGUUCUCUCAGCCAGAAGAAGCUGAGCAGGAGGACGAGCAGGUGGAAACACCUCUUCCUAAUGUGAGUGAGAUUGGCUUCUACCUGGAGCAGGCUGGAGUGGGUCUGGGCAGAGAGGAGAUGCAGAGGGUCUUCCUCGCACUCAAGCAGCUUGUCGAGUCGCAGGCGCUCCUGCGCUGCAGACUGUGGGGCAAGAUUUUGGGAACAGAGAGCAGCUAUAUUGUUGCUGAAGCUGAGUGCAGAGAGUGGGAGGAAGAGGAAGAGCAGAUCACUGACGAGGCAGCAGAGGAAGAGGAGAGAGAGGAUAAGACUUCGGAGAGUGAGGACAAUGAGGUGGAUCCACUUCCUCAGUCCACCUAUAAAACCCCACCAGUGGUGCCAAAGGAGGCUGCAGGAACAGGUGCUAACAAGUUUUUUUAUUAUGUGUGUAAAGAGCCUGGUCUUCCGUGGGUAAAGCUGCCUUCAGUCAGUCCUGCGCAAAUCACUGUUGCUCGCCAGAUCCGUAAAUUCUUCACCGGGAGGCUGGACUCACCAGUCCACAGUUACCCGCCUUUUCCCGGGAAUGAAGCCAACUAUUUGAGAGCACAGAUUGCUCGGGUAUCUGCUGGCACACAGGUAAGCCCCCAGGGCUUCUUCCACGCUGGGGAGGAGGAAGGUGAUGAGGAAGAUGAGGCUCCACAAGACAGCUAUGAAGUGAAUUCUGAUUUUGAGGCCAUUCCAGUUGCUGAGAUGGCUGAGUCUUUGUCAACCUGGGUGCAUCAUGUUCAGCACAUCCUGCCACAGGGCCGUUGUACGUGGGUGAACCUGGCCAUUGAACCAGUAGAAGACUCUAAUGAGGACGGAGAGUCUGAAGAAAAAGAAGAGGAGCCUGAUGAGCCUGAGCCAGAGGUUGGGCCCCCUCUCCUCACGCCCCUUUCCCAAGAUGGAGAAAUAUUCAACACCCCUCCCUGGAGCUCCAAGAUGUCUUCCACUCUCACAUAUCAGCAUGCAGUAGCUGUGCUGUGUUCUAACAGCUGGCCUGGGGCAUAUGUAUAUGCUUGUGGAAAGAAGUUUGAGAACAUGUAUGUUGGAUGGGGUCUGAAGUAUGCAGGGGAAGGGUACAGCCCAUCUGUCCCCCAGCCACCGCAGAGAGAAUAUCCCAGCGAACCAGAAAUCACAGAGGCCCUGGACCCAUCACUGGAGGAGGAGCAGGCACUGAGAGAGGCUUUAGAGGAGCAGCAAGCGGCCCAGGAGGAGUUGGAGGACGCUGAUGAAGACGAGGAUGAAUAUGCUGACUGAGAAAACAGUCAUACAUUUUGAAAAUGUAAAUUUGAUCUAUCAAGUGUUUAUUUGUAUGUCAAUAGUCAAAUAAAUAAUUACACUCUGCAACAUAGAUUCAUAUUGUAAAUUUAGGUACAAACAAUUCAAUAUUUGAAGUCUUUAGUCUGAAUGCAUUACUAAACUAUAUGAUGGCAGCAUCGCAACAGGGUAGUGUAACAGGUAGUGUUCAAUUCAAUUGUAUUUGUAUAGUGCCAAAUCACAACAUUGUCUCUUUAUUUGUGUUGGUUGUCUAUAAUUUGUUUGUGUCUCAGUCACCAUUUAUACAGUUUUCUGUAACCCAGUUGUAACUUUGCAGUCUCAGAGGAGACUUUUGUUGUUUCUUUGGCAGUUUGAUUUGAUAAAUUAUGCCAUUGCAUGGUUUUGCUGGACAUAGUGUAAAGCAUGUGUAUUCUACUUGUUGCUCAUUGAGUAGUAUUUGUUUGUGUGUGUCAUGGCAUUUGAGUUGGACAAGUUUGUUAAAUAGCCUGAUGUUCAGCAACACUUAGGUUGCACUAAAAAAAGAUCUUCACUCUGUAGCAACCCACUAUGCUAUAUGUGUUCAUAUUCCUUAUACUUGUAUAGUUUUGCAGUUCUUAUAUUUUUACAUUUGUAUUUCUCUUUUUUUUUUAAGUAUUUUGUACGGUGUGUUCUUUGACAGAUACCUGCUGCUGCGACACUGGAAUUUACCAGUUUGGGAUCAAUAAAGUUCAUCUAUCUAUCUACAAGUCAGAUUCAAGGAAAAUAAUCAAAGCAGCAAUAGGGGCAAAUAUAAUAACUAAAGUGCAUCAGUGCAACACCAUUAACUGCAUGUUAAAGAUCUUUACUGGAGGAGCUUGGUCAGCAGACUGUCACAGUCCGACUGCAGCACAGCAAACCAACAGUGCAGCUACACUGCUCCAAAUCAAAGUCGUGCUCCUUAAAUGUGUCCAGUUUUGAGAUGCAACCGGCCUGCAGCUAAUAAACAUAUUUACUCCA